UAACGGUUUCGGUUUUUGUGUAAAUACGGAUGAAGAAUGUUGGCAAUCCCUGGAUCACUUUAGAGGGGUCUCAGAAAUCACGGAAAGCAGCAGCGUGCUCUUGCUACAACACCGAUUUCUUUCUGAAUUAUUCAGGUACUGUCUGGAUAAGUAGAUAGAGCUUUAGAAAAUUUUAGAAAAUGAAGAACAGUCACGUAAACAUGGAUCGGUGUAAUCCAGCCAAUGGGUGUAAGAAGUUUAAACGAAAGGUUCAGGAUUCUGUUAAACGCGAGGAAAAGAGAUCACAUGGCUUUAAAAAAAACAUCGACUCAGUGGGACAUUUGGUGAGCGAAGUUUAUGGGACAACACGUGAAAAGAAGUUACAGCCUUUUCAUCCAGCUGGAGAAUACAUACGACAACCGGACAUUUUAAAUACAGCUGUUGACAUGAAAAUGUAUACUUUGCCAUCACUGACUAGGAAUGAAACGGAAACACCAUCAUGGCCAAUUUCAAAAACAUCAGCUAAAAACAUAAACGACACAGCAUCCGUACAAGUAUCAGUCUUCGACAAUCAGCAAGCAUUUUCAAGAAACUGCCCUCCACAAUCACGUAUUCUGUUGUGCAAACGCUCUGAAACUUUCUGCUCGACCUCUCGCGGUUCAUACCUCCAUAAUAGUGUUGACCCUAUCGACUCAGUUAGGAAACCAUCUGAAGAGCAAUCGGCUGGCGUUGUCACAGAGAUCAAAGCAAUUCAGCAGACAAGAAGACUCCUAGCAAAUGCUAGAGAGAGGACCAGGGUUCAUACAAUCAGUGCCGCAUUUGAGGCUCUACGAAAGCAGGUGCCUUGCUACUCCUAUGGACAGAAGCUUUCCAAGCUGGCUAUAUUAAGAAUUGCUUGCAACUAUAUCCUGUCACUGGCACAACUUGUGGAUCUGGAUUAUACACCAGACCAUAGCAACAUGAGUUUCCGGGAGUGUGUUGAGCAGUGCACCCGAACCUUGCAGGCUGAGGGUCGUGCCAAGAAGAGAAAGGAAUAAAAUGAAGACUCUGGCUUAGAAGAAAGAAGAACUUCACCAUAGAAUGUUUAAGACAAGGACAUAAUCUACACUGAUGCAUCUUUACACUUGAAGUGUUAUGUCACUAAAUAAAUUAUAUAUAUAUACACACACUAUAUAUGUGUAUGUGUGUGUAUAUAUAUAUAUAUAUAUAUAUAUAUAUAUAUAUAUAUAUAUAUAUAUAUAUAUAUAUAUAUAUAUAUAUAUAUAUAUAUAGAUAUAUAUAUACACACACACACACACAUAUGUGUGCGAUGGGUAGGGGGGUGUCCCAUCCCUGUGCGUAGAGCCGACCAGAUGAACUAGUUGUUUCCAAUACUGACGGUCUUGUGCCAGCUGCUCCACAUCCUCUAUAGCAACUCCUUGUUGUUGAAGGUCGCCCGCAAGGAUGCCAUCGGGUGCAGGGUUUUCCUCGUGGUCGUCUCCAGCCUGCAGCCCUCGGAUCAAACUGGAGAAUAGCUCUCAUCGGAUGGCCAGAAGGGAGGCGGAGGACAUGGCCAAGCCAGCAGGUGCGACGUUGUGCGGCCAGGGAGGAUGCUUUGGGCUGGCACAUGCGCGUGUGUGUGUGUGUGUGUGUGUGUGUGUGUAUAUAUAAAUAUCUACACACACACACACACACAGUGCCAGUAGUAAUAUAAUAUUGGUAGUAAUACCAAUACUACUACGUAUAAUGCAGUAACUGCAGACAUUGAACGUUGCAACCUAUUGUGCCUAAUACCACACUUUAUUAAGAGUCAAGAAGCUGCUAUUGUUAUUUCAGCCAGUACAUAGUGAAAUGGGACAAUGUUUCUUCAGGACCAUGGUGCUACACAGGGCAAAGGACUUAAAGUAAGUUAAUCCUAGCCACAUAAAGAGCAUCUGUGCAACCUAGUGCAAACAAUGCGAGACAAAAGACAGUGCAAACAAGCAAUACAAAACACUACAAGACGAUACACAAAAGCAGCGCCCACCAGUGUACAAACGGUAUAUUCUACAAUACAUGUGCAAAAAUAUAGGAAUGGACACUUAAUAUAAUAGCAACAGAUAUAUGAGGCAUUGUAAUGAGAUUAUUAUAAAUAUCUGCAGUUAUAUGAGGUAUUAUAAUGAUAUUAUAAUAUUAUGAUUAAUAUGUACAAUAAAACUGAUGAAAGAUUAAAAAUUUAGCUUCACAAA